UAUAGUAUUGACGAAUGGGUUUACGUGUGAUAUGAAAUGUAGAUUACAGCCGUGUAAUGUGGUAUUUCUUAAUAUCGUCAUAAAUGUCAAUCAAAGUUUUCAGUACAUGUUAACAUCUGGGCUAAUAUGAAUAUCAAGCCUGUACACAAUAAAUAAUCAUAUUUUCUGUAAAAUUACUGUAGUUUGAUAUAACGAGUGUUAAAACGACGAAACGUUUACCGUCAAACUACAUAUAAAGAGUGUUUCGAAUGACAAGCUAUAAUUGAUUGUUUAUGUUUUGGGAUUUAAAGAAACAAGUUCAUGAGCGAACGAUGAAUAAAGAAAAUAAACACCGACCCAUAGGUAUUAUUGGUACUGGAAAUUUUGCACAAGCAUUUGCAUGUCGUCUUCUACAGUCUGGAUAUGACGUCAUUCUUGGCAGUAGAAUUCCAACAGAACGCAUGAUUUCUAAUACACAUGACUGUUGGUGCAAUAUAAGUAUAACAACUGUGGAUGAAUGUAUUAAAAAUACAAAUACGGUAGUUGUAGCAAUUCACAACAAACAUACGAGAGAUACGCUGUCUCCAUUUGUAGAGAUGUUAAAAGACAAAAUAAUCAUUGAUGUGUCCAACAAAAAAUGCCUCACUAAUGGUCCUUCUUAUGCGGAACAACUUCAGAAAUUACUUUUGCACUCGUCAGUUGUUAAAGCUUUCAAUGUAGUUUCAGCAUACGACAUGGAAAGUCAAACUUCCGGCGGAAGUCAUAAUGUAUACAUUGCUAGUGAUGACUUUGUUGCAAGGAAUACAGUUGCUGAUUUGGCACGAGAUUUAGGAUUUUCGCCAAAAGAUUACGGUGUUUUGUGGAAUGCAAGAAAAAUCGAAAAAAUGCCAUUACAACUAUUUCCUGAUUGGAAAUUUCCAAUCGGCUUUACGUUUCUAGUAUUUAUCAUAUGGUAUCUUUAUGUCAUAUUCAUUUAUUUUGUUGAAAAAACCAGCUAUAGCUGGGAGCAGAUAUUUGUGAAAGUAACAAACAAACCUUUGUGUAUGACAGCCUUGACAGUUCUGGCUUGUACUUAUUUACCCAGCUCAAUCGCGGCAAUGUUUCAGAUUUAUAAUGGAUCAAAACAUGUUAGAUUUCCAGGUUGGUUGGAUACAUGGCUUCGUACGCGAAAACAGUUAGGCCUUAUUGCUUUCACUCUCGCUUUUGUGCACGUUAUCAUGUCCGUUCUUAUCAUGAGCCCAACAUAUUUGAAGUCUUGGUAUCAUGAAACAGAGAUAGUUAUUCCGAAAAAUAUUACGGCUGAACUACAUUUUCCCCUUAGGACAUGGAUGACGUGGAAAGGAGAAGCCGCUUGUUUAACUGGAAUUAUCGCUUUUUUGGGACUUUGCAUUUUAGCCGUAACAUCCAUUAAAUCAGUAGGUGACCAGUUAAAUUGGAGAGAAUGGAGAUGCAUUCAAUCGAAACUAGGUCAUGUUGUACUUUUAUUGUCACUUUGUCAUGUGAUUGUCAUGGGAUCUCCCUACUGGAUGAAAGCUGGCCCACUUAAAACUGUUCGCUCAAUAACAUUUCUCAGUUCAGUUUUACCUAUAAUAACUUUAUUUCUAAAACUGUGUUUUAGUUUGCCUAUUUUAAGUGGUUAUGUGAAAAGAAUACGACAUGGAUGGGAGCGAAAAAGUAAAAGAUGUAAAGCUAAAUGUUCUGGAUUUGAAGGAACAGUACUUGGUACUAAAUACCGACCGAUCGUAAACGGAAAGAAAGAACUAAGUGAUUUCCGAACUUUCGAAGCUUCAUUGGAAGAUACUGACAUCGACAAUUGUCAAUGUAAUGAUGCUACCAAUUUCGUUUGAAGAUGACAAUAAAUAUAAGACAGUUCUAAAUCGUACAUCCUUUCGCUAACUAAAUAUUGUAAAUCUCAUUCUUUCAAUUAUCUACUUAAUUAAAUAAUUGGAUCCUA